AUGGAGCGGCUGGUUGUGUGUGUGCUGCUGUGUGUACUUCUAUGUGCGGUGCUGGUGAAGGGCUACAACUGCCCCGGCCGCUGCAUCUGCCAGCACCUCUCCCCCACUCUGACUCUCCUCUGUGCUAAGACCGGUCUGCUGUUUGUGCCCCCAACCAUCGACCGCAAGACCGUGGAGCUGCGCCUCACAGACAACUUCAUCACCAUCAUCCGCAGGAAAGACUUUUUCAACAUGACCAGCCUGGUCCACCUCACCCUGUCCCGUAACACCAUCAGCCAGAUCACACCCCAUGCCUUCCUGGGACUGCGCUCCCUACGAGCCCUCCACAUGGACGGCAACCGCCUCAGUGUCAUCAAGAGCGACCACUUCAAAGGCUUGGUCAACCUCCGCCACCUCAUACUGGGGAACAACCAGAUCCACCACGUGGCCCCUACCUCCUUUGAUGAGUUUGUGUCGACCAUCGAGGACCUGGAUCUGUCCAACAACAACCUGAGGACCCUGCCCUGGGAGGAGAUAGGCAGGAUGAGCCACAUCAACAUCCUCACCCUUGAUCACAACCUGAUCGAUCACAUCGGAGCUGGGACUUUCACGCUCCUCACCAAGCUGGUUCGUCUGGAUAUGACCUCCAACCGGCUGCAGAAGCUACCUCCAGACAGCUUGUUUCAGCAUGCCCAGGUGCUGUCAGACGCCAAGGGCUCCAACCCGUCUUCCUUGGCAGUGAGCUUCGGAGGGAACCCUCUCCACUGUAACUGUGAGCUGCUGUGGCUCCGCAGACUGACACGACACGACGACCUGGAGACAUGCGCCUCCCCGGAGCACCUCAUGGACAAGUACUUCUGGUCCAUCCAGGAGGAGGAGUUCAUCUGCGAGCCCCCGCUCAUCACCAAGAACCUAUCCACCAAGCCCUACGUCAUGGAGGGCCAGGGGGUCACCCUCAAGUGCAAGGCCAUGGGAGACCCAGACCCGGCCAUCCACUGGCGCUUCCCAGACGGCAAGCUGGUGCAUAACAACUCCCGCACCAUCCUGUAUGACAACGGUACCUUGGACAUCCUCAUCACCACCCUAAAGGACAGCGGUGCCUUCAACUGUGUGGCCUCCAAUGCUGCAGGCAUCGCCACAGCUGCCGUGGAGAUCAACAUGAUCCCUCUGCCCCUGUUCGUAAACAACACAUUGCAUCACAUGCGCGAGGCUGAUCGGGGCCUCUCUGAUAUCACCACCUCCUCCAAGUCAGGCAACGACACCAAGGGCCAUGACAAGCACCAGGACAGGAGGGUGGUGGUGGUCGAGUUGACCUCCUCCUCGGCUGUGAUCCGCUGGCCCUCCGAGCGCCACAUCCCAGGCAUCAGGAUGUACCAGAUUCAGUACAACAGCACUGCAGACGACACACUGGUUUACAGAAUGAUCCCGUCCACCAGUAAGACCUUCCUGAUCAACGACCUGGCGGCGGGCCGGGAGUAUGACCUGUGUGUCCUGGCGGUGUACGACGAUGGCAUCACCUCUCUGACGGCCACGCGCGUGGUCGGCUGUGUCCAGUUCCACACAGCCAGCGAGGUCAGCCAGUGUCGCUUCAUCCACAGCCAGUUUCUGGGCGGCACCAUGAUAAUCAUCAUUGGCGGCAUCAUCGUGGCUUCAGUGCUGGUGUUUAUCAUCAUCCUCAUGAUCCGCUACAAAGCCCACAGCAACCCCGAGGACAGCAAGGCCAAGGUCAGCUCCAGCAUGCACUCCCAGACCAACGGCAGCCAGCACAGACUCCAACGCUCCACCUCCAAACAGCCUGCCGAGGACAGCCACCAGAGAGAAGCCCUACCGGUGGCAGCCAAGGAGUGCAUGGCCCUGGUGCUGAAGGUGGACAGUGACAAGAGGGAGUGGGACACUCCUCUGGCCACCACGGCCGUCCUGGAAGUGGAGCUGCCCCCCCUGCCCACGGACAAGGUGAGGAGGACCAGCCUGGACGCCCAGCGCUCUGGAUCUGGCCCCCUGUCAGAGGACACACAGACAGAAAGCAGCCUGAUGGGCUCCACCAUAUCCUUGUGUCUCCUAGGUCCCAACGCCAGCACCAAGGAGGCCCCCAGGCUCAAGGACAAGAGCGCCCUGGCCAACAUGGGAUUUAAUAAUGAGCUGGCACGAACUAGGCACAGGUUCAGUUUUGACGGGGGAGACUACUCCAUAUUUCAGAGCCACAGUUACCCCCGCAGAGCGCGGACGAGGCGGCACAAGUCUACAAACCAGCUCAACGUGGAGUCCUCACCGCUCGCCAACCGGAGAGUCACUUUCAGCAGCACUGAAUGGAUGCUGGAGAGCACAGUGUAAGAGAUACAGCCUGGCCUCUCUGGCUCUCUCAAAGAGACACACACACACACACACCAACAGUUUGACACAUACACCCUCAUGCAUACACAUUUACAUAUCUAACAAAUAAAUCUCCAUGCAUACACAGACUCAUAGAGUUGCUGGAGAAGAAAACAGUCCCCUUUCAUCCUGCCACCCCUCAUACUCCCAGAGCGACAGAGUUGUUGGACAUUUCAUUAGUUUCUGCAGCAGUGCCUUAUUCUAAAAUAUGUACGAAUGGAGGAUGCUGCUCAUUGUAGUCAUAAACUUUCCUUUCUAUCAUGGUUUUCCCCGUUUCAUGGGGAGUGAUGCUUUGAGUUUUUUUGUUCUUUGACAUGCCAAGGGUUGGGGCAUUUGUAACUUUUCCUUUUAAUGUUAAAAAGAUCACACUGUAAAGUGAACAACCAGGUAUCUUGUAUGUUGAUCAUCCUUUGGGUUCUUUCAAAGACUUUUGCACACGAAGACACGACGAUACGAGGACAAGUAUCACACCAGUCUAUACAUUAAUAAAAAUAUAAAACUAUACACAUGCCGAUUUCAAAUGUUAGCAUAGAGAGGAUGGACCUGAUAAACCUGUGGACUCCUCCAUGCUGGUUGGACUGUAUGAUAUUACUAGGUAUUGUUCCUGAUGUGACUGUAUGAUAUUAAUCGGUAUUGUAUCUGGCUGGUCUAGAUAAAAAGACAACAAAAAAAUACAUAUAGAAGUAUAUUAAAAACAUUGGUGUAUGUGUA